AUGCUUCUCUCCCAAUUGAUCCUACACCUGGCUCGGAUAGGGUUAUACAAAACGUUUUUUGCGAAGAUCAUCAAGUCGAUUGUGCAGGAAAUUGAUUUAGGAACCGACUCUAUUCCCCUCCCAUACCACCCAAGAUUCAAAUUUGGAGCAGAUCACUAUCUCGUUAACUGUAACAAUCGAGUAGUUAUAAAAGGAGCUAAACUGAUGGAAGAAAAAAUGCUACUUAAACAAGAAACUUCAAAUGGAAAAAGGUCAGGAACUGUUGAAGAAUCCUGGAUAUCAAGAUGGAUACAACAACAAUAGGGGACAGAGGAAAAGAAGGUGCGAUAAAAUUUAAUUCAUGUAUUGCCAUUCGCUUAUUAGAAUUCAUCACUAACAAUUAUAAAGAUCAGUUAUAAUUUAAUCCAUGGAGAUAGGAGGUAUUUUGUUCUUAGAUAAAAUACUUUUUUGUAUAAGUUUAUGACUGGUGCUAUAUGUUUUUGUAAAUGACUAUGUGAGACGGUGUAGUGGCUAUCGUCUGUAUUGAUGUGUUCAUAUGUGUGUGUGUGGCUUUGUACUUUUGUGAGGU